AUGAUUCGAAACUGGAAGAGCACAGAUGCUGCCUUUACGGCACUGAACACGCAGCCGGACAACAUGCUCAACCACAAGGAGUUUGUGGAUGGCUUGGCCAAAGCCGGCUGCUGUCGCACACGCAGGCGGCAUACAGCACACCGUGCGAAACGUCAGUGUGUUAUCACACAAGCUUUCCAGUUUGCUCAUAGAUACCGCUUCAGACUGUUCUUGGUUUGUGCUAUCGCGGUCGUCUUUUCAUGA